CCGCGGUACUUUGAGCUUCAUGGCGAGACAACUAUAAAGAUAGUGAUUGCUGAGCGAUAAUGGCAGAGAAGAGCAGCAACUCAGAACCACAGGCAGGUCCUCUUCCCCUGCCCCAACCGCUCAAGCUGCUGUUGGCUCUUGGAGCGCUAUCCACCUCUCAGACGGUCAGUAAUGGUGCUAUAUCGCAGUGGCAGAAGAACAUUUCGGCAGCUUGGGUGCAAUCUAUCUGUCAGCUGAUAGAAUUCGAUGCUGUGCUCUUGCCUCCAACUGUGGUCUCGGAAGGGAUCAAGGAGAGUGCAGCGGAUCAGAUUGCAGAAUGGACCGAGGAACAAAAGCACAGGAUUGCCGAGGUAUUAGUGGAAGCUAGUUUGGCAUCCAGUCGAGCCGGAUCUCAAGGGAAUACCAAGGCGCAAGAUGAGCAGCUGAGAUAUACACCUUUGGCACGCGCAUGGUCUUUCAACACGAUGAAGCUGCUGGGACUGCCGGCGAGAGAUCUUCUGCCCAAGGCUGAAAAAGAGCUGUCAGCGAAGCUGUUUAUGGCUAUGAAAGCAGCUGAAGAAGCGGAUUCUCAAAAGGAAGUGGAGUCGACUCGAGCAGCUCACUCUGAAGGAUGGGGUGGUAAGCUAGGUCGAACAUUAGCCACUGGCGCGGGAGUCGUGGCUGGCGGGAUACUGGUCGGCGUAACGGGUGGAUUGGCAGCUCCAGCUAUUGCUGCUCUGCUCGCCCCCCUCGGUAUUGGAGGUCUUUUAGCUGGAGGUGCGGCUCCAGUCGUACUGGGGACAUUGUUCGGUGUGGGAGGUGGUGGGCUCGCUGGGAAACGAGUAAGAGAGCGAUGGAAGGGAGUCGAGGAGUUUAGCUUUAUUGAAGUUGGGGCUGGAACUCGAGCGACGAAGGAAGAAGUACAAGAUCUGAAGGAAGCUAAGAAGAGGUUGGCAGAGAGAAAAGCGGAAGAGGAAAAGGCGGAAAAGGCGAGCGAGAAGGUUGACGAGGGGAGUGAUCCAGCGGAGCAAGCUACCAUCGGGGAUACAGCUCUAGAUGAGAAAACCUCUGCGGCUGGCAAUGAAGCUGGUCAGGACAAGCCGACCGCGAACGAUGAGCUGCCUGGUGCAGAGACUCCUGCAGAAAUAGCUCCGGCUGAGAUCGUAGGGGAGAGCAAAGAGGAGAUCGAGCAGAGGCUGGUCGACUUAUCCCUUGAGCGAGCAGCGGACGACUCGCGCCGUUCAUCAAUGGAUGCUGGACGCCCGACCUUGGAGCAAGCACAUGACGAGACGUCGUCAAGUGAUGCGAAGAAGAAAGCACUCCCAAGUCUCACGGCGACUAUUGUCGUCCCUGGUCUAUUAGUUAUCUCCAAGACCGAGGCCAUCUCAGCGUGGCGCUCCAUUUGUGCCUCUGGUCCGCUUUCAGAAGUCUACCGCGAGGACAUGCACGAUAACGACAAUGGUCCGGCGAUUAAUUAUACGCCGCGCAGAAAGUCAAGACAAGCAUCGGGAACCGAAGCGACGGCAGCCGCGGCUUUGACGCCGAGGGCGCCAGAGACGGACGAGAGGGCGGUGGAGAGUACCGUGGAAGAGCAAGCCGUCAAAGAGGAGGUACAGGUGUCCAAGACAGGACUGCGAGAUGGAAGAGAUGUCUACCUUUUACGAUUCGAAUCUGACAAGAUGCUUAAAACUGGGAGUGAUAUAGAGAACUUCAUUGGACGAAAGAUCCUCACCAAGCUCAAGGGAGAGAUUAUCAAGCGCACUGCGCUGAAUGCCUAUUUUGCAGCCGUGAAACUCCCUUUAAUGACGUAUAAAAUGGCAAUGAUGGGCAUGGAUAACACCUGGAUGCAAGCUCAAGAUCGGGCAAAAAAAGCUGGUAGAUUGCUCGGUGAGGUGUUGGAAAAGAAGGUGCAAGGCGAAAGACCGGUCGUCUUGAUUGGAACCUCACUCGGCGCAUAUACUGUUCUUGAGGCUCUACUCUACCUCGCUUCCCGUCCACCUCCCGCUGGCUCCAGGACGCCAGCACCCACACUAGUCGAAUCUGCUAUCCUCAUAUCGCUUCCGUCAGCUCCGACCGAGGAUGAGUGGGCCAGAGCGAGAUCGGUGGUUGCGAGGAGGUUUGUCAAUGCCUACAGUGACAAAGAUCUAGUGCUGGCUACAGUCGUGCGAGUCCACGAGAUGAUCUCCCGAGCUGCGACACUAUCUAACGGCAUCAUGCCGGCAGGACUUGGACCGGUCGAGCGUCCGGGGAUCGAAGAUGUCGAUGUGUCUUCUAUCCUGAGAGGACAUCUCGAGAUUCAAGCCAAGAUUGGCGAUGUCAUCAACUUGAUCGGUAUCGAUGCCUGAGCUCGGCGGCCGUUGCCAAAGCCGUCCCCUUGGCACCAAUGCUGUAGUAUGCUAAUUUCGUGUCUUCGUAUCGGCGAGACACGUGCACGUGAAUGUAUGUACGAUGUUCAAGA